AUGACUUGUGUUUUUUGUCUUACUUUCCAGUUGGCCUGCUGCUGCGGUACUGCCGCUUGUUCUUUGUGCUGCAAAUGCUGCCCCAAGAUAAAACAGUCAACCAGCACCCGCUUCAUGUAUGCGCUUUACUUCAUCCUCGUGACUAUCAUCUGUUGUGUCAUGAUGUCAACAACGGUAGCUAACGAAAUGAAAACGCACAUUCCGUUCUACAAGCAGAUGUGCAAGGGUAUUCAGGCGGGUGAGAUGUGCGAGAAGUUGGUAGGAUACUCUGCCGUAUACAAAGUCUGUUUUGGAAUGGCCUGUUUCUUCUUUUUGUUCUUCUUGUUCACCAUCAAAAUUAACAGCAGCAAAAGCUGCCGAGCAUACAUUCAUAAUGGAUUCUGGCUCGUUAAACUUAUACUUCUGGCAGCAAUGUGCUCAGGAGCCUUCUUCAUUCCCGAUCAGGACACUUUCCUCAAUGCCUGGCGCUACGUAGGAGCAACAGGAGGUUUCCUUUUCAUUGCCAUUCAGCUCAUCCUGCUUGUUGAGUUCGCACACAAAUGGAAUAAAAAUUGGACUGCAGGUGCAAACCACAAGCAGAUGUGGAAUGGUUUGCUCGCCUUAGUCACACUCAUCUUGUACUCCGUUGCUGUGGCAGCCCUGGUCCUCAUGGCUCUUUUCUACACGCGCUCAGAGGGCUGCAUGUACAACAAGGUCCUGAUCGGUGUUAAUGGUGGCCUGUGCCUCUUUGUGUCACUGGUGGCCAUAUCGCCCUGUGUCCAGAAUCGCCAGCCCCAUUCUGGUUUGCUGCAGUCAGGAGUUAUCAGCUGCUACGUUAUGUACCUCACUUUCUCAGCACUAUCCAGCAAGCCACCAGAAACUAUCCUGGAUGAAAACAAUCAGAACAUCACAAUCUGUGUACCUGAAUUUAGCCAAGGCCUGCACAGAGAUGAAAACCUGGUUACUGGCCUAGGUACUACCAUUUUGUUUGGCUGCAUUUUAUAUUCUUGUUUGACCUCAACAACACGUGCGAGCUCAGAGGCACUGAGAGGAAUAUAUGCCACACCUGAAACUGAA